GUGUGUGAAAUUGACGUGGCAGGCGGAGUCUAAACUCGUUGAUAUUUCAGAUCCUUUUCAUUCUCCAGGAAGCCUGUCCAGCUGCCCGUGUUAUCAAAAUUUUGGACCUCACUAGAGGCGUCUUGAUUGAAAAUGGGGCUGACAAUAUCUAAUUUAUUUACUCGUUUGUUUAGCAAAAAACAGAUGCGAAUCUUGAUGGUUGGUCUUGAUGCUGCUGGAAAGACAACAAUUCUCUACAAGCUUAAACUUGGUGAAAUUGUAACAACCAUACCAACUAUUGGUUUUAAUGUGGAAACAGUAGAAUACAAAAACAUUAACUUCACAGUAUGGGAUGUUGGUGGUCAGGACAAAAUCAGACCUCUAUGGCGACACUACUUUCAGAAUACACAGGGCUUGAUAUUUGUUGUUGAUAGCAAUGACAGGGAAAGAAUAGUGGAAGCUAAAGAGGAACUAAUGAAGAUGCUGAGUGAGGAUGAAUUGAGGGAUGCUGCCCUACUUGUAUUUGCUAACAAACAGGAUUUACCUAACGCUAUGCCAGCUGCAGAAUUAACAGAGAAGUUAGCCUUAAAUCAGCUACGAAACAAAAGUUGGUACAUUCAGGCCACAUGUGCUACCCAAGGCACUGGACUUUACGAGGGACUGGAUUGGCUGUCGCAAGAAUUGGCCAAACGGCCAUAAAACAAAUCUGUACAUUCAUUGUUUAUGUGUAGCAUUGUAAACUAUGGUAAGUGUAUUAAGGAUGGGGCUAUUUCCUCAGUGAGCUGUCCAAAUUGAAAACGUGGACAUUGUGUUGUGAAGUCAUGGGAAAUAAUGUCGGUGAAUUCUUGCUCUAUACAAUAUGCAGCAAAAGACUGAUUUGAAAUUUGAAUCUGUCAGCUGCAGUAUUUGGCUGCUUAUACAAGAAAAAGCAACAAACUCUGUUUCAUUGUGUUGAUAGCUAAGUUGUUUGGGGAAACUAUGAUUAGGGUUGAAAGACAGCAUGGAAGAUUGACAUCUUUACUUUGACAUCAUUCCAGUUAAUUAAGGUAAGAAAGACUCAUCCAACAUGUGGAUUGAUUUGGUUAUCAGUACGUUACAUCUUUGUAUCCUCAUCAAUACUCUGCAUCUCAGAUGAUGGUCUGUGUCAUAUUUCCAGCAUUUAGUUUGUAAGCCAAACCUGUACUUCUCCAAAGCAACUGUAAUUAUGUUGGGUUCACCUGAAGUUGUUAUAUCCUGACAAAACAUGUCCAUAUGUUUCUGGGGAGUGUGUGUAUUUGAUUUGAUCACAUUAUAGGUAUUGUAGCCGUAUGUUUUGUUUGUGGCCUUAUUCUUCUCAUUUGUAAAAAGAUGUAUUUAACUGUAUUGUGGUACUGGUCGAGCUUUCCUUUCCAAAGCUUGGUCAGUUCUUGUGAUGUUUUACUAUGAUGUCUACAGAUUACAGAAGAAAAUGUGUGAUGUGUUUCCGAAAGCUUUCUAAAAUUAUACUUUUGGUGAACAAGAGGGCUUAUUAAUAAGAUCUGCUGAAUGAAUGGGAUUGAUAUGAGACAACUGAUGCAGUUUUUCCUUCUUGUGACAAACAUAUUACAUCGUGUGUGUGAAGGAUGAGUAAUAUUCUACAGUGGCUCACAAGUCAAUUACAGACAUAUGCUUUCAUAAUAGUUUUGUGGACUAAAAGAGAAAUAUGACAUGCCCUUGUCUGAACAGUGUAUGGGGGGGGAUAGGAUAAAUGGAAAUCGCACCUAGAUCACAGAAUCCAGCAUUAUUUAGGUGCCCUUCAUGAUACAGAAAUGUGACGAGCAGUACAUAGCACAUGGUUACAAUAUUUAGCACAUGCAUUGCUUAGAUCAUGUUGACAGAUGUAUAGCACAUCUUCUCUUCUUGAACUGGAUAUUUUGGUGUUAUUGUAAAAGACAAAAGAGUGUUCAUUUGAAAUUUUGGCAAAACUUGCUUGUGAAAUAAUUGAAUCAUAUUGCAUCUGCCCAGAAAUGUGUAUUUCAAAUGUAUUAUUACUCUCAGAGAAGCCUUAAAUGACCAAAAUGUGAAUAUAUACAACAUUAAUUACUGCAUCUUGUUAACACAUUUUUGAUAACAAGAGCAGCUGCUUCCAAGUUCAUAGUUUCAUGUGUAAUUUUUUUUUAAGCUGUAUUUAUGUAUAUUGGAAAUUUCACCAUAAUGGUCAAAGCUUGUUAUAUCUCGGUUUAUAUUCAAGCAACUAAUAAAAAGUUGCCAGAGCUCAUCAGCAAACUUUGGCAAGAUUUAUUUAUUCCACUUUGUUGUAUUAUUAAUCGACUUGAGACUGUGUCACUUCAAACCCCACUGCAAUUAGGUUAUUGCAUCUAGUGAACGGCUAUUUCAGAUUGUAUAUUUUGUGUAGCUCUGGGGGGUAAUCUGUUGGACCCCAACAGGGGUGUUCGUCUGUAAAAACCUCCCAACCCAUAUUGCUGUCAAUAAAGAGGGUCAGAUAUUUCAAAAUA